AUGUCCUUCGCAGACCUGCGUGACGAGGAAACCACACCUCUCAACUUCACAAAGUCAAUCAACCUUGCUCUGUCUGAACGUGGGAGCAACGCGCUUCGGUCGGCUGGAAACACCGAUCUGCUGGAUAGAAUCCUCGACCGGACGAUCCCCAUGCAUGGCCGGAUGAUCCACGCCCGGACCGCCACGGGCGCCCUGUCCCAACAAUCCCAAGCAUAUGAUGUCCAUGGCCGCUUCCAACGCUCUGUCGACCGUGGGGAGCUCAACAAAGUCUUGCUCGACCACCUGGAUUCCUUACCUAACGUCAAGUUCUUCUUCCAGCACAAGAUGACAGGCGCCGACUUCCGGCAGAAAAAGGCAUGGUUUGAGGUCAUGGAUAAGGACAGCACCGGUUCUUCCGGACGGGCAAAGGAGAUUGAGGUCUCUUUCGACCUGUGUAUCGGCGCUGAUGGUGCACACUCGGCAACCAGACACCAUAUGAUGAAGUACGCACGUAUGGACUACCAGCAAGAGUACAUCGACUGCUUGUGGUGUGAGUUCAGAAUGCCUCCAUCCAAGGCAGGCGACUUCGCCAUCUCUCCAAACAAUCUGCACAUAUGGCCGGCUGGCAGCUUUAUGUUCAUCGCUCUCCCCAACCUCGACAGAUCCUUUGUAUGCACGCUCUUUGGGCCCGUCGAGCUGUUCUCCAAGCUUGAGAAUGGGUCUGACGCAGAUCUGGUGUCGACGUUCGAUCGGUACUUUCCCGGCGUGACGACGUAUAUUCCGCCAGCGGACCUGGUGGCGCAGUUCAAGCGCAACCAACAUCUCCCGCUGAUCAACAUCAAAUGCUCGCCACAUCAUUUCGGAGACAGUGUCGUAAUACUAGGAGAUGCCGCGAACGCGAUGGUCCCUUUUUACGGUCAAGGGAUGAACGCUGGGUUGGAGUCGGUGCGGGUGUUGUUCUCAAAGCUGGACAAUACUCCGAACAGCAUGGACGCACUCGCCAGCUACACGGCAGAGCGCACAGAAGAUGCUCAUGUCAUUGCGGAUCUGGCGCUGGCAAAUUACACCGAGAUGAGCUCGUCGGUCACCUCGCCUCUGUACAAAUGGCGCAAGUGGAUUGAAGAGCGGCUCGACAAGUACGUGCCUAGCUGGGGCUGGGCCACCCAGUACUCUAGAGUCAGCUUCAGCAACAUGCGAUACAGCGACGUGAUCAGGAAGUCAAAGAGCCAGAAGCGCAUACUCACCGUCCUGUUGCUAGUCAUUGCAGCAGCUGGUGCUACGUUGCCGGUCGCUGGCAUCUGGUGGUUGUGGCCAUUAAUCAGGCGGAGGUUCCGACAACAGCGAAAGGCGUUCAACCUAGGCCGUGCUGGAGGAUGA